UCAAGUGGCCAUCAUAGUCAAUGCGUCUUCCUGGUCAAAAGAUCUACUCAUCCAGGAAGUUUCAAUACUAUAAAGGACAGGGCCACCAGUAUAAACUCACACUAUUAGUGGAUUGUAAUUUGAAGAGAAAUUAAAAAAAUGAUGUUGAACCUGAUCCGUACCAUUGCCGUUUGUUUGAUGAUGCUUCACGUUAGCGAAGGAUGUUUUAGACAUGACAUUAAUGAUCGAAAAUCAGUCCGUGGCACACUAGAACCUCUCGGUGGAAGCAAUUAUAAAGUUGGUUUGGGAUGGAAUAUGGAUUUCAAACGACAUGCACAUGACCACCAGAUGUUCAAUGUAGAUAUAGAUUAUAAAGGUAUUUCUGGACGCGACACGCCACUUGACCCAUGUGUAUUCAAUCCGUAUGACUUGGAUGUCAAAGGUUAUAUUACGAAAGGGGACUUGGAGAAGAUAUUCGUUUAUUUCGGUGAUGAAGUCAACACACCUGAAAUUCUUCACACAUUUUUUACAGAACUGGACAUAGAUGAAGACAAAAUGGUAACACAAGAGGAAUUCGACCUGAAGAAGAAAGAUGUCAUCACCAAAGAAAGCUGCAGUAUAAUAAAGGACAAAGAUGCAAUGGUUGCUGAACAGAACAUGACAUUGUUGAAAUGAUUUUAACUGUUUAUACUUAUGUCAAUAUUUUGCCCUCUUUCCCAGAUCUUAUAUCUAAUGCAAACUGCUCUCACAAACAACGCACUGAAUUCCAAAUGGUUCCAACAGUCAAAUGAACGCUUCGAUUAUAGUUGCCUUGCCUGCCUUGCAUUUCACUUUACUUAUUUAUUUUUUUAUGUUUUUUUUUCUUCUUUCGGCAAUUUAUAUUUUCAUCAAACUUAUAUUGUAUUGUCUUUUCUCAUUAUAUUCUACUUAACAGACCAUGCCUCAAAUAAUAUAAAGCAUUUCUUACACCUUUAUGUCAUUAUUUUUUUAUAGACCAAUUCAAAUAUUAAACUUUCAUUGAAAUUA